AUGCCAUCUGUUGCGCCCUCCGGGCAUUUGAAUUCUCAAAUUUCUUCCAGUCAAAGUGGAUAUGGUUUGACAGCACCUAACUCAGUUGCCAACAAUAUACCAAAACCGCAUAUGACAACAGCCAGACCUCAAGAAUCAACACCCGUGCACAAGCCCCAAGAUUCAUCUGCUCCUUAUUUUUAUUGUGAUAACGACAAGGCCAUCCUCGGGGAUGUUGGAGUCCCUUAUCUCCUUCUAAGUAUCCCUUUGCCAAGUUCUGAUAUGACAAUGAGGCUUGGAACUCCAAACUACAUGGCUCCAGAACAGUGGCAACCGGAAGUCAGAGGUCCCAUGUCCUUUAAGACUGAUUCUUGGGGAUUUGGAUGCAGCAUUGUGGAAAUUCUGACUGGUGUACAACCUUGGUCUGGCAAAUCCGCCGAUGAGAUAUACGACUUAGUGGUCAGAAAGCAAGAAAAGCUUAGUAUCCCGAAUGGCAUACCACCACCUCUGGAGAACUUACUUCGGGGUUGCUUUAUGUAUGAUCUUCGAAGCAGACCAUCUAUGAAUGACAUCUUACACGAUCAUCUCAGAGUGGGAGACACAGUGCGUUCAAGAAAGCCUACCAAUUCUUUUAAGCUUGAGAACAUGGAUGUGCCAGAAGGAAUAGUGGUUGGUUUAGAACGUGAAACCGAUCCAGAUGAAUAUGCUCUGGUUAAAUUCCAUGGUAUUCAUGAUCCGUUAAGGGUUCACGUAUCAGUUCUUGAACGGGUAACUAACGGCUUAGCUUCUAGAGAUUGGGUACGUCUGAAGGAAGGAGAAGACAAGAGGAACUCUCUGGUUGGUAUUAUCCAUCAAGAGAGUAAAGUUUCCAGCACCUUUACUUUCCUUCUCUUCCAUAAGCUUUCCAACAGCUUCCUCAUCAUUUUUUGUGAUAUUCUUUUCAUCGUACUUGGUUUUCAAGCUUGUACAUUUGCAGAGACUGAAAUUGAGAACACCCAAAAACUAUGA